UUGUUCUGUUUUGUUGGUUGUUGUUGUUGUUGUUUUUUGGGGGGUUUUUUUGGGGGGGAUGCUUUUUCGUGUGUCACAUUUCUUUGCGUACCCAGGAGUCUUAUUGAGGUACAAUGUUUGUUCCAGCUGAUCUACACCAAAGUCACGACCGAACCUGUUCCAAAUGACUUUGGUUAAUGGUGACCACGCCUGCUCCACGACUCUGCGUCACACGAUAUCUGGUUUACUUGAGUAAACUUCUGAAAUCAUAGUUAGGAACUUGAAAUAAAUCUCUCUGAUAAAGAAUCCAUUGUGGCCAGAAUCAAAAGUCCGAAGUUAGAACAAUACAUCGAUUCCGAACGUCAUUUAGCAAGUGUGAACCGCUCCUUGAACAAAAUCUAAAGUUCUGGACUUUCCUGUAAUAAGCGGCUGGUAGCUGAUAGGCAGAUUGCAGCUAGUCGAACAGGGAUACGUUUUUGUUGGUAAUAACAAAAACUAGAUACAAAUCCAGAGAAGAAAAUUAAAUGAGUGCAAUUGUUUGAGAACUAUACGUAGAGAAUAGACGGUGAACGGACGAUAUCCCUCCAGGCACAGCUGUGGCUAGUUUUAAAAAUAGUCUAUAUCUUUUGAAAUGUGGGUAUUUUUACGUACCCAUCGACACAAUCUGGAUCAUAAUUAAGGAGGCGAGCUUCUAACUCUGCCUGCCAGGGCCAACUAGAGCUGAGAGGGAUACAACAUAAUAGCAGGAAGACCCAGACAAUAAUUGAUAAGAAUGUACUCUCUACUGGGGAAUCUGACUUGGGUCUCCUGCAUGCAACAGCGAAGCGCCUAACUGCUACACCACAGACAUGGGUGCAGUGGUGGGUGUCGACUUUAAAAGUUAUUAAAUAAAUGUUAAGCUGGCUCUGAAAUCUUUAGAAUUUUGUCCGAAAUGUGUACAGUCCAAACGUUUUCUUGACUGAAUAGGUUCUGUUUUUUUCUCCAUAUUUCCUGUAGAUUUCCUGGAAAAAUCACGCAGAGGUCUUUGUGACCAAAAUAACGCGCUGUGUACUAACAAUGGGCCCCAACGUGAAAUCUGGUUAUAUGCUUUUGGCGGCAGCGAUCUUAUUGUCCUGCGACGCACUUGUUCUCAAUGUCUCAACGGCCGAAGUGGAAAUAUGGAAAACGAAGAAUGUAUCAUUACAAUGUGUCGAAGACGAUCAACAAAAGGACAUUAAUUCUGAAGUUAUCAUGAUGCGAAUCCUGAAAAAAGACCAAGAUGGAUGGAGUAGUUUUGCAGAAUUUCUCGAUGAUGACGCAGAAGUAACGCCAAAACGUAAGGAUGUACUCGCUGAGGCCAACAAGACUUCCAUCUCUGACAGCUUUCUGCGGCUUACGUGGCCUGUGGCGACUGACGAUACAACUGGCGAGUACAGAUGUGACUUCGUAGUCUUGACGUCACAGGAAAAUUUCAUCUUUAAAAAAAGCCAACCCACGCUCAUCUCCCGAAAGAGUAACCUCACGGUGCAGAUCCUUAACAAAAUAAUGGAGGAGAACAAGAGAGAGUACCUCCAGCGACUGCGGUCUCAGAGAGAAAUCAUCCUGGAAAACGUGACAGUCAUGGCAGAAGAGAGCAAGACACAGUGUAUGCAGCAAAAAGAUGACAUUCUUCAGAACUUUACAGCGAUCGUCGAGUCUUUUGGAGCAAGUUUUGAGAGCAAGUUUCAGGUUCUGAGCCACACAGUAGAUCAGAAUAAGAGGGAAUGUCCUCAUCAAAUGAUGUCUCAGAAACGCCAGAUUCUGGAAAAUGUGGAGGCGAUAAUGGAGCAGACAAAAGAAGAGAUUGUUCAACAAGAAGAAGACAUCGUUGGCAACGUGACUGUGACAGCUGAACAAGCUAAAAGAGAGCUUGUUCAACAAAAGGAAGACAUUCUCGACAACGUCACUGCGUUUGCUGAAGAGGUUAAAAGAGAAUUUGAUGAACAGAGAGAAGACAUUCUUGAGAAGGUCAAUGCAACGACUGAACAGACGAAAAGUGAGCUUGUUCAACAGAUCGUAGAGGCACUUGAGUCGAAUUUUGAGCGCAAGCUGAGCGAUUUUAAGAGCAAGUUACAGCCACAAUCGUGUUCUGAAGUACAAGGUCUGGGCUCACGACCUGUCAUUUUCCUGCCCAGCGGAAUAAGAGCAGUCUGCGACACCGAGACAGACAACGGCGACUGGAUUGUUAUACAGAGACGUGCUUCUGCAGCUGUGGACUUCUAUCGUGACUGGGCAGAUUACAAAAGCGGAUUCGGCGACCUGUUUGGGAACUUCUGGUUUGGGUUGGAAAAUAUCCACCAGCUGACCAGCCAGGAGAAGUAUGAAUUGAGGAUCGAUAUGAAAUACAAAGGAGAAGAUUACUAUGCCAGCUAUAAGAACUUUAAGCUGUCCGGAGAGUCAGAACGCUAUAGAAUUCAUAUAUCUGGAUUUUCGGGUAAUGUCGCUGACAAGAUGGCGUACCACAAUGGGCUAGAGUUUACAACCAGGGACGUUGAUCGCGAUGCAUGGGAUUCAAGCAACUGCGCUGUUGAUCGCCAUGGAGCCUGGUGGUACAAUGUUUGCCAUUACGUGAACCUCAACGGACCUUGGGGUAGCACAGAAAGCAAGAAGGGCAUGAACUGGUACGAUUUAACUGGAGAGAACGACUCGGUCACCUUCAGCGAAAUGAAGAUUCGACGUCAUGCAAAGUGACAACUUCAAGACACCUAAUCUUCGAUCCCCUGAAUAAUAUACAUUUAGUUGUCUAGAUAUUUAUAUCGUUUGGAUUUUGUGUGAAAGAAAAAGAAACAUGCUGAUUGAAUAACCUCAAAACUUUCAUUGUGAAGCUGCAUAAUGUGUUAUAUUGUCUCAGGUAAUGGGACACUUGUUUAGAUAAUGAUGCUGUUGAUACUGAAAAUAGAUAGCCUAUAAUGUGUACUCUUCCCGCCUUUCUCUUCUUAUCCCCAAAAUAAGUCGUUUUUGGUCUAAAUGCAUUGCAAGCAUUUUUUUUCAAUACGCAGACAACAAGAAGCACAAAUGCUCGCACUUGCACACGCUUUGUAACACAUACUCACGCACACACACACACUCACAGACACACCCAC